GCAGGGAGUCUCGUGGCGCGUCGUGUCUCCACUUCGUCCUGUGUAUUCCGUGCGCGCGCAUUGCACUGGCGAAUGAGAGCAGUGCGCACAAGCAGCGAGCGGAUCUAGAUUGCGCUGCGAAGCCAGACAGGAGCAGGACUACCAAACCGUGCGCACAAAUCUCCCGGUCUGUCCUUUACGCGUUUGGCACGAGAGGGGGGAGGAAUAGGCAACACGUAUCCAAGUGGGACCCCCCCUUUUUUUUCUCCUCCAACGUGAGACGAGCGUGCGGGAGUUUGGAGCGAAGAGGGAGCUCACAGAUUUGGGAAAGGAAGGCGACACGAAGAGAAAACGGGACAUAUAAAGAAAGACGGGUCGCGCUUUGAUACGGGAAAUAUGCAGAGCGUGUGGAUAAUUUUGACGCUCGGGUUGGCGGUGGUCCUGUCCAGCGAAAGGAUAUCAGCUGCUCAGACUUCUCAGGCCGAUGACUUGUACCUGGACGACGCAGGGUCAGGAGGGUUCUACCCCGAGGACGACGAUGAUUUUAACUCCGGCUCUGGCUCUGGUGCAGGUGAAGAUGGCGACGCUGAGACGGCGACAGUGAGCACGGUUUAUAUCCAGCCCAAAGCAGCAGCUCCGACCAAGGACCAGACCAAAGACUACACCCCCCGAGUGGACCCCGUGACCGAGAGGGAGCGAGACGUGACACCCAGGAAACCACUCAGAACAGAGGCCCCAGUGCCAGUGACAGAGGACACCCAGAGAAACCAGCUGACCAGUACGACCAGUGUCCCAGGUUCACCACAGGAGGCAGUAGAGGUGCACUCAGACAACCUCUUCCACCGGACAGAGGUGUUGGCAGCGGUGAUCGCUGGUGGAGUCAUCGGUUUCCUCUUCGCCAUCUUCCUGAUCCUGCUUCUCGUUUACCGCAUGAGGAAGAAGGACGAGGGCAGCUACGACCUGGGCGAGCGAAAACCCAACGGCACCGCGUACCAGAAGGCCCCCACCAAGGAGUUUUAUGCAUAAUCGCAACCCAGCCCAAUUACAACAACAGACAACCCACCAAACGACUGUGUGAACGAGAGAAUCUACUGUUACACAUUUGAUAAGGAAAUAGCAUAAAGGAGUGUUGUAAUUAUACGCAACUCUAUUCUUUUUAAUUAAAACCAAGCUUUUUUUUCAUUUUGUGGCAAAUCAGUGUAUUUAAAGGCCCACUAUGUAACUUUUCUGAUGGAAAGUACAAACCGCUUGGCUUAUUUUCAUGGCGAUGUUAUUGCAUUGCCUGGAAUGUUCCACGGUAAGACAUUAAACGCAUCGAUCUCACGGUUAUUAUUCAGUUAAACAUGGAUUCUUACUGUGCGUGGGCUCACCGCUCCGCAGAUCUGACCCGCAACCGGUGGCUCAUCAUCUGCUCGUCUAUAUAAGUCGGGAGAGCAAUAACAAUAACGUCUCUAUGACAACAAGCACGUGGUAGAUCCGCUUCCAGAAAGUUACACAGUGCGCUUUUAAUCUUUUUGUGUAUUAUUUGGAAAAAAAAAAACUAAAAAAAAAACAACAAAAGAAAUCAGUUGUGUAAAGGAUGGACACCUCGAAGCUGUUGGUCGCUAACUACUUUAACUGUAGCAGUACGUAACUUGUAAAGACAAAGUUUAAACGUGGACAUAAUUGAUUAUAAUGAUUCUGUAUCGAUCCUAUUUUCUUUUUCAUUUUAUUUGUGUUAGCAUGUCUGAUGUCGAUCUCUAAAAUGUAUUACGUUAAUUUAUCUUUUCUCUGAUGUUUUUUAAAUGCCUUUGUAGUUUUGAUGAAGCCAUUUGGUCUUCAUAUUAACAGUUAACGGCCAAUGUAAAUGUCCUACUUCAGGUUACAAUGUUUAUUUCAUUCUCUCACAACUUUAAAGUCAAUUUGAGGAUUUUUAGCCUUUUUUUCUGACCGAGGUUUUGGCUCAAACCUAAAAAAAAAAGAAAACAGUUUUUGAAUGUUUCAGGGUUUGUCACAAAAUUAACUUUAGGUCGUUACAUGUUAGUUAUUUCUGAUAUUUUUGAGCAUUUUGGACAUUGCACAGUCAUAGCUUGGCUCUGGCUAAGUUCCUUCUGUUUUGGUAGUGUCUAUUUCCUGGUUGUGGCCUCAGACUACUCCUGGUUCUUUCUUUUCCUUUGUCCCCAAAUCUCUCUCUUUCUCCCAACUUUCCUUUCAAUCUUCUUGGAACGCCGCCAUGACACUUUUCAACCCCUUUUAUAUGUGUUUGGUGUUUUUGUCCAUGUUGCAAUGUUGAUGCUUUUAGCUUAAAAAACAGGUGGGUAGAGGCUGCGGAUUCAAAUGUGCACAACGCAAUUUCCAAGUAUUCCUGAAGGGGGGUUUAGUAUAGAUAAAAACAGCUAAAAGUCUGGACAAAAUCUGAAAAAGGUACUCGUACUUAGGGCUAUUCACGUUUGCUAACUGGAGGAAUUUGUAGUCACAGAUGGCUAGCUUCUUGGAAUAAGAAUAAGUUGGGGGCCAAGUUGUUUACCGGUUUCGAAAUGCGGGGAUUAGGACUGCAUAGACUCAUGAACUAAAGACUGGAAUUAUUGAUGUCACAAAUACAGCAAAAAUGUUUACUAAGGUGCAGAAGGUAACGUUAUUUAGCGGUUUGUUAAACGCUCAAACAGAUCUUGUACUUGUAACUGAGUGAAUAUAGCGUUACUAUACAGGACCUAGUACGUUAGCCUAUUAUAUAAGGUUUCCCAAAACAGUAACUUCACGAAAUAAAAGGAUUUGUUGCUAAAAAUCAUCAUUUAAAUCAAGACAAUCAGUAAAGACUUGAUACAUUUAUGAAAAAAAAGUUUAAAAUUAAAAUUACUCCUGCCAAUAUCUUGACAACCACUUAAUGAAUUAUACCGAGCACAAAUCUGAACAUCUGUAUUAGAAAAAAAGACAGGACUUAACUGUUUAAAUGUUUUGAUACCAGACAGAUGUAUUAUAGAGGACAUGUGCGUUUUGGACCCUCAGCUGAUCCCACGGUCCACUUUUCUACUGUCCCUUUGGUGUACAGGCCCUCCUCACUCGUCCCCGCCCCCUCCUCCUCCUCCCGUCCCGCGUGUAUCAUCCCUGGUCUGAAGAGUGUUUGCAGGUCGUGCGCUGCCUUUCUCAGCUGUACAGUAAAUGUGAACGUAUAAGGUACUAUAGAGUCUGUCACAUGGUCUGACCCCCCCUCCCUCCCCUCUUAAAUCUCUCUUUGUCUGUUUUGUCCUUCUGUUUUGCCGUACCUAAACGUUUCUGAAACCCAAAGACACACAGUAUUUUUGUCCUCUCCUUCACGGCCACAUCAUGUUGUUUCCACAUUUCUAGACUCGCCCUUUAAGUCCAGUCGCUUAUUAGUAAAAAGAUAUAUAAAUAUAUAUAAAUGUAUAUUAUUCACAAAUGUUUUAAACCUUCCAAGUGCCUACCAUUGGAGCGGCGUGCUCACGCUGAGCAGAGGACGUACUCAGACGUCUGUGUGGGGACUGUAAAUGGUACUUUUUUUUAGUCUUACAAAAGCUGACAGUAUUGUACCUAUGAGUUGAAACAACACUACUGAAUAAACAUUGUGGCCUAAUGUC